CAACUCCAAUCACGUCAUAGACAGCCCAUCCUUUUCGUUUUAGAUGCUGCCCAUAUCCCCUCCUAAAUCAACAACCAUCAAAUACCAGGAACCCCAAGCUCUGUACCCUCCUCACCGCACUGACCUACCUCCAUGAGCCUCACCCUCCGUUCGCCAACGCUAUCCAAGCUCCCACAACUUACUUUCACCUCGUCCAUCAGAAGAAGCUCCCCUCUCGUCAGCCUCACCAGCAAUCGACCCCUCCCCAUCCAGAUUCAACACCAGCGCACCAUGUCCUCCUCCUCCAAACCUGCCACCGUCGACACCUCCCUCCAAGGCUCGCCCACCGGCGCCGCCGCGCUCUUCGCCUCCUCCCACUCCUCCCCACACCCCCUCAAGCUCUACGGCGGGUGGUUCUGUCCCUUCGUGCAACGAGUCUGGAUCACCCUCGCCGAGAAGAACAUUCCGCACCAAUACAUCGAGAUCAACCCUUACCACAAAGCGCCCGAGUUUCUCGCUCUCAACCCACGCGGACUUGUCCCGACUUUGGCCGUCCCAACCUCUACCGACCCCAAGACCGGGAAAGUGAAGGAAGCGAAGCCGUUAUACGAAAGUCUGGUGCUCUGCGAGUAUUUGGACGAAGCUUAUUCCGACCCUUCCCAAUACGGCGAACGACUCCUCCCGCAAGACGACGACGCCUACGAAAGGGCUCGAUGCCGGCUCUGGAUCGACCAUAUUUCGUCGAGGAUAGUUCCCGCUUUUUAUCGGUUUAUCCAGCACACCCCCGACAAACCUUACACCAUUGAAGAAAUCCGGGCCGAGUUUCACGGACACCUCAAAUCCUUUGCAAAAGAAAUGAUGCUCUCCUCUUCCUCUUCCUCUUCGGAGGGAUCCAAGUCGGCGGGACCAUUCUUCCUCGGCGACAAGUUCAGUUUAGUAGACAUCAUGCUAGCACCCUGGGCUAAGCGGUUGUUUCUGAUUGAUCAUUAUAAACCCGGCGGAGUCGGUAUCCCUCCUGCAGGCCAGAGGGGAAGUGAGGAGGAUGAGGAGAUCUGGAAGAGGUGGGAGGAGUGGUAUGAGGCGGUGACGGAGAGGGAGAGUGUCAAGAAGACGUGGAGCGAAGAUGAACAGUAUGUGGAAGCGUAUAAGAGGUAUGCGGAGGAUACGACGCAGAGUGAGGUGGGGAAGGCGACGAGGAGUGGGAGGAGUUUGCCUUGAGGUUUGACUGAGCUUGAGGCUUGAGGGAGGUGGUGUUUCGAUGAUGGCGAUGGUGGGAUUAAGUUACUUUGUUUACAGGCACAAAUGUUGCGCAGAUAGAGAGAAGCGCAGCACGGUUUAUAUCAUAGCGAUGAGUAAUAUCAAGGGUUCCGAGUUAAGAUGAAAAUUCAUUUUAUU